AUGUGCGCUGCUGCCAUGGCGACCACGGCCACUCCCCUCACGUUUCUUCUGUUGCUGCUUCGACUCGCUGAUGGUUCAUUCCCAGAGGAGCCCAGUCCCCUCAGCUACGUCCCUGUAGAGGUGAUGAGAAGAUAUCCAGUGUUCCUGGGCAGAGCUCAUCGUUCCGCUCAGCGACAGGAGCUGCACAUCCAGACGAUCCUCCAGGUCAACCGCACGCUCUACAUAGGAGCCAGAGAUGACUUAUACAGAGUGGAGCUGGAUAACAUGGCAGGUGAUGAGAUGUUCUACAGCAAGAAACGGACGUGGGAAUCCAAUAAGAACGACAUUCGAGUGUGCCGGAUGAAGGGCAAACAUGAGGGAGAGUGCCGUAAUUUCAUCAAGGUUCUGCUCAGCCAGCACGGUGGCCUGUUCGUGUGCGGGACAAAUGCCUUCAACCCACUGUGUGCCAAUUACACUAGAGACACCCUAGAGAUGGUGGGAGAGCCUGUCAGCGGGAUGGCACGGUGCCCGUAUGAUCCACGACACGCCAACGUGGCUUUAUUUGCAGAUGGAAGUCUCUUUACCGGCACCGUGACGGACUUCCUCGCCAUCGAUGCGGUGAUCUAUCGGAGCCUCGGCGACAGCCCCGCCCUCCGCACGGUCAAACACGAUUCCAAGUGGUUCAGAGAGCCUUACUUUGUGAGCGCUAUGGAGUGGGGGCCUCACAUUUAUUUCUUCUUCAGAGAGAUGGCGAUGGAGUUUCAUCAUCUAGAGAAGGUGAUGGUGUCCCGAGUGGCCCGUGUGUGUAAGGCAGACCUGGGCGGCUCUCAGCGUGUCCUUGAGAAACAGUGGACCACAUUUCUAAAGGCACGGCUCAACUGCUCCGUCCCGGGAGACUCACACUUCUACUUCAACCUCUUACACGCCACGAGCAACAUCAUCCACAUGCAGGGACGGGACGUCGUCCUCGGCCUCUUCUCCACGCCGCCAAACAGCAUCCCUGGCUCUGCGGUGUGUGUGUUUGACAUGCAGCAGCUCUCUCAUGCCUUUGAGGGACGAUUUAAAGAGCAGAAAUCCCCAGAGUCUAUCUGGACUCCUGUCUCGGACGACCUGGUGCCUAAACCGAGACCAGGGGGUUGUGCAGUGCAGGGAUCCAGAUUUAGCUCCUCUACCACGCUGCCAGACGAGGUGCUCAACUUUGUGAAGACCCACCCACUGAUGGAUGAGACCAUUCCGCUACUAGGACAUAGACCCUGGGUGGUCAAGACUAUGGGACGGUACCAGCUGACGGCCAUGGUGGUGGACACAGAAGCUGGUCCCCAUAAAAAUCGCACAGUUUUGUUCCUGGGCUCAACCAGAGGGACCAUACUCAAGUUCCUAAUGGUUCCCAGUGGAGACUCUGUGUCCCACAGCAGUGUGUUUCUGGAGGAAGUGGAGGGAUUCAACCCAGAGAAGUGUGGCGAGGACUCUCCUCAGGCGCGUCAGCUCUUGUCUCUGUCGCUGGACCAGACCAGCCACAGUCUGCUGCUGGCCUUCUCCUCCUGUCUGGUCCGAGUUCCCACGUCUCGCUGCCACCUGCACUCUCGCUGCAUGAAAAGCUGUCUGGCCUCCAGGGAUCCUUACUGUGGCUGGACCAGAGGCAGCACCUGCUCCUUCUUGAGACCAGGCACAAGGCUGCCGUUUCAACAAGACGUGGAGUAUGGAAACACCACCUCCCAUCUAGGAGACUGUGAUGGAAUUCUGCAGCAGAGUUUGCUGAUUGAGCCGGAGAGCCUGGUCUCCCUCAACCUGCUCGUGGCGUCUGCAGUCUCUGCAUUUACCAUCGGGGCGGCGCUCUCUGGCCUUGCCGUGUGCUGGAUCAUGGCCCACAAGCCUGCCAACCGUCGCCAUGGCAACGCUUCCCAGUCCUCCAUCCAGCGACGAGAGAGAGGCCUGCUCAAUAGCGGCGGCGGCGGCGGAAUGGGAGGAUCCGUGCUGAGUGUAACGCGGCAGGGAGGUGGGGAGCGCCCCUGCCCCCCAGGCGGGGAGACCCUCUUCGUCAUGCCAAACGGCUGGGUGAAGUCAGGGGAGCUCGACCCCGGUUUCCUCCCCACCCCGGAGCACACACCCCAGCAGAAACGCAGAGGCCUGCGGCUGUCUGACUCCUACUCUGGAGGGUGGGACACCAGCCAGACGUACCUGGGGGGAGGCUCUGUGGGCCUGGGCUCACCCUGCCGCAUUCCCCCCUCUGUCUACCUGACCACCAGACUGUUUCAGCAAGGGGUUGUGGGGAGACACGCUGGCGAGGGCCGAGUAAUAGACACACCACGCCAGCACUAUGUCUGCCUGAGCAAGCAAGAAAAGGGAAUGAAAGGGACGCCCAAGGCCCCGCUCAGGAAGUCUGCAGGAGAAUAUGUUUACCCCAUGACCCCCCAGGACUCGCCUGAGCGUCGGAGGGUGGUCUCGGCACCCACUGCCCAUAUGGAGUACAACGACCCGCUGCCUCUGCGCUGGCCGGCCCAGGAAGGAUACAUCCUCAGUAGCCACGGUAUGGUCCCUGUCCCUAUGCCUCCCCCCUCCAUGCCGGCUCCCAGUGUUCAAGCGUAUGUGUCCCAGCAGCACACCCCCGGGCUGACCAGGGCCCUGCUGAGAGGGGCCCUGGAGCGGGGGGAGCUGGGCGAGCUGGUGGAUCUCAGCCACCUGAUGAGCAAGAAGAACUGCAGUGACAGGACUCAGACCGGCCAGUGACUGCUGAGGAAAUGAAGGGGACAACUUUCCAUGUGCAGAGUUUUAAUUCCUCUCUUUUCUCCCCCUUCUCUCUAUCUUCUCUCCUCUCUCUACCUUCACUUCAUAAUUAUUUCAUUUCAGCCCCUCUGAUCUCCUCUUUCAGUCUCUUGCCCAUCCACCCCCCAAAAUGUCACCCCAUGACAAGCCUCUCCUCGCGACUGGCUGCUGGGUCUGCCACUCACAUCCUGACUCACACUAAUUGGUCAGAUGGACUGUGGUUGUUGCUGUGUCUGCAUUGCAGAGUUGCCUCUCCCCUCUCCAGCUAGCGAGCAGGAGCAGCAGCAGCAGCAGAGAGAGGGAGGAGAGAGGAUGGAGAGGAAAGAAAGAGGGACAGAGAGCAGUAUGGGGGGCAGACAGGAUGUGGACAAAGAUGGACACGGCACUUAGGAGCUGCCUUCUCUGUGCACAUUAACUGAGGUUGCAGAAGCAGUCAGGGACUGCUGCAGGAGCGGGGGUUGCUUUUCCCCCCCUCUUGGAUAACACUGAUGAGACUGCCACUCAUCUAUAGUACCUGUUGUUCUCGUGCCAACUAGGUGCUUGUGGUGAAAUUGAAAAUUCGUAAACGGAUCCUCGAAUACCUGAAGCUCAAUAGCUGACUCAUCGGACAAAAAACCGAAGUCGUUGUGACUGUAAACACAAACCUAAUGGACGAUGAAGCGACGCAAAUCCCUCCUCUGUGCUUCUUCUUUUCUCUGUUCCCCAGCUGCACACGCACACAGAAGAUGGAUACAUGUAUUUGUACAGGGGGGUAUUUAGUAUUCCAUGUGUACGAGAGGGGAGACGUGAGCGCCCAAUGCCUCAAACCUGUGUCCUGGGCCUACGGGACCAUAACUCAACUUCUUUGGAGAGCAGAGUGCAGGAGUGUAAUGUCAGCACUAUUUCUGCCAACCCGCAUGCUCUGUGUAAAUGACGGCAUCCCAGCCGCCCAUCGCUCUAUUUGUUUGCCUCCCUCCACUCCGCGUGCUCUUUAAUGGCUAAUAAUUCCACGAGGACGUCUGGAGAGGUGGUGCUACAAAGCGGACUGACCGGGGCAGGGACGUAGAGAGGAGCAUUUGAGAGCAUUUGAAUUCAAAGCACUGCAAUAUAUCACCACCCUGUCCUUCACUGUCACCUGAAGGUUUUUUCCACGCGUUUACAAACAGUCAUUAACGCUGCAUUAAAGAACACAGUCCACUUUUAUAGGACGGAAAUUCCCCCCUGUUAAGGCCGCAGUGGCCAAGGUCCCACACAGACGUUAUACAGAAUGAAGUGACAGUUACAGCAGCCGUGAUUGAAACCUCUGGCUUAACUCGCAGCCAAUAGGGGUAAUGGAAAUGUUCCCAGCAGGCAAAUGGGACCAUAUAUAUCCAGCAUAUCAAAGUGUCCGGUGGCAUGAAAUGGUCAGCGCUUAGAUUAACACGACACGGUGUGAGUGUGUGGGCGAGGAGAUGGAGGUCAUAAAAAAGAGACAAGACGUAGAGGAAACAAAAUGCAGCCUGAUGAAAUGAGGUGCAACAACCAUAAAAUAAUGAGAGUGUGCUUUGUUAUAGCCGAUUUCCCCUCCAAGCCCCAGACAGUAGAAGGACCUUGUAGUGAGCAGCAAUAUGUGGUUUAUCUGUACAUAGUAAACAUUUAAUUUAGAUCAAGGGAUAAUAUAAGACAAAUAAUGAGUCCAAAAAAUGAUUUAUCAGGCAUUUGCUUGCAAACAAAAGUAAAAACAUCUGUCAUGUCAUUAUAAAUAUGAAUAUAUGAAAAUCUGUUUCUGUGUAAAUUUUCACAUCAACCUGCUCCACGACUGUAACCUCAGACGCUAACGAUGACCAGUGUCUGUUUGUUUUUUUAACAUCUGCACAUCGAAGCCAACUACAAUGAAUGAUGAUUUCCUGAUGCCUGAUUCCCAAAGCAAAAAAAUUAAAAAAAAUAAAGGAGGGAGAAAUGUUUAAAGUGCCAUGAAGAAUCAGCAGUGCAGUGGUUUCGUGCGCUGUGGUGAUGGAGAGCUCAACUAUUGCAGUAUACUGUACGCGUGAUAUGCCUUUGACUUUACGUGCUGAAUGUUCCGCUCUUUCAUCUCGACGUUGGCUGGUACUGUUGAAAUCUAUUUUGUUUUUUUCCUGCAGAUACAGAGCGCCACCAGCAGGGGCGUUUGAGGGUCUGUUUAUACACUACUUUGAGGCCUCAGGCCAAACUAACGUGCUGUAAAUAUGUAAAAACACACGCAGACCCUUUGUCAUGAUUAUAUUGUAUUGUUUUCACUUAAACCAUGACAGGAGCUGCUUUUAAUCCAGAAUAGUUGAUAUGUAAUAACAACGAUCUAUAAGUAGUUUAUAAGCAAACCUUCGAAUGCACUGAAGUGCUGCGAGGUCACCUCUGUAGAUCCAAAUUCUUUUGUCUUUUUCUGUCGUAUAGUGUCUGUCGUUGCCAACCGACUGCCAUACUGGAGGAUCUUGAAAGUACUUCUCAGCAUCCUGACUGAAUGACUGCGCUCAUUCUCUUCCGUUGAAUGUCAUCCUGUACUGUGCCGUAAUAAGGAAAAGCACAUUUUUUGGCAAUCUGUAAAGGAGCUGUCCUGUAUCAUUUGUGAAUAGUGUAAAUAAUCAGGCUGAUGGUAUAGUGUAUCGGUCUGGGGGUU